AAAUAUUUUAAAUGAUUAGUAAAUUUAUUUUUUUUCAUGUUGUUGUGUUGAUCAUCAAAAUAAUGUCCAUGAUACGUAAAUUAUUUCGUUAUUUUAUACCAUCAUUCAUUGGUACAUAUCUAUUAUGGUACCUAUUGAAUCCCGUUUGGUUCAAUCAUUUUUGUAUCAUAUGUUUUCUAUCGGUUAUUGCAUGGACAAUGGCAUAUUAUUUCUAUGAAAUGUUAAAUCAAGAAACAAUCGAUCCAUCUGGUAAAAUUGUAUUGGUUACCGGCUGUGAUACUGGUUUCGGUAAUCGUACCGCUUAUCGAUUGGAUCAAUUAGGUUUUCAUGUUUAUGCCGGUGUUCUAUUUCCUGAUGGUGAUGGUGCUAAACAAUUGCAACAAAAAUGUUCAAAACGAUUGAAAAUAUUGAAAAUGGAUGUUACUAAACCAGAAGAAGUGAAAAAUGUUGUCGAACAAAUUAAACAAUCAGGAAAACCAUUAUGGGCAUUGGUCAAUAAUGCUGGUGUAGGCGUUUCUGUUCCAUUCGAUUGGGGUAAUGAUGUUGAUAUUCAUCAAAAAGUAUUUGAUGUCAAUGUAUUCGGUUUAAUUCGUGUGACUAAAUAUUGUAUGCCAUUAUUACGACAAUCAAAUGGUCGAAUUGUCAAUUUGGCUAGUCUAGCUGGUCGUGUUCGUGUAGGAUCUCUAUCUAGUUAUUGUAUGGCAAAACAUAGUGUUCGUGUAUUAUCCGAUUGUAUCCGCGCAGAAUUGAUUGGUACCGGUAUCAAAGUGGUUACAUUGGAACCAUCAUUUUAUAAAACAGAAAUCAUUAAUUUCGAUCUAAUGGAUCAAAAACGACGUAAAAUUUAUGAUGAAACACCUGAAGAUAUACGUGAAUCAUAUGGUGAAAAUUAUCUAGAAUAUUUGAGACAACGUAAUUCAUUGGUUCAAAGUGUAACGAAAACAAGAAUCGAUGAUGUAGUCGAUUCAAUCAUCGAUGGUAUUAUUCGUGAAUAUCCAAAACUAUAUUAUCGUUGUUGUUCAUAUCAAGAAUUAUUUACAAUGUGGGGAACAAGUCAUUUACCAGAAAUUCUUUUGGAUUAUGUAAUGACUAAAAAUGCUGAUUCAUUAUUACGUAAAACUAAAGCUGGUCCAUAUCAUCACAAGUGAUAUGAAUGAAUCCAAUCAAAUCUUGAUUUUUUUUUUUUUUUUGGAUGUACAACGGAUUUAUUAUGACGAUAAUCGAUUGAAAAAAAACAACAACAAAAUUUUUUUUUUCUACAAUUUUAUUUCCAUAAAAUCAUUUGGGAAAAAAAGAACAAAAUUUCCUAUAUAUACAAGGAAAACAUGUGCAAGACAAUUUUAUGUUAUGCUUGAAUUGUUUUUGAUUAUCCUCGAUCUUUGCAUAAAAAAAUACAUAUUUUUUCCCUGUAACAUAUAUAUUCGAAUGAGUUCAUCUUUGUUGACGUAAAGAUUCUCUUUCUCUAUCUCUGUCUCUUUCGUUGUUUACGUAAAUUUAAAGUAGAAAUUAAAAUUGUCAAAUUGAGAAAAAUUUUA